AUGACCCAAGGCCUUCAAAAUCCAAAAGCUGAAAUUUCCACUUAUUCCCAGUCACACACAGGCCUGAAGGGUAAAGACAAACAGAAGCAAGCAUCUGAUAUGGAAAACUGUCUUUCAACCAUUAAGAUCAUAGACUGCAGCACAUAUGAUUUUUUCUGCUUUAAGAGUAAAUCUUGGCAUGAAUUUAUAAAGGUGCAACAGACUGAGCAGAAAGAUGUCAACAGCCGGUUAGAAGUGAGAAAAGAAGUAGCGGUGUGGGAACUCUUCACAAGUGAAUGCACUUACUUUCUGGAUCAUUUGCUGGUUCUCAAGAUGAUAUUUAUGAACACUCUAAAAUAUCUCCAGAGUAAUGAAUUUCUCUUGGAUGUAGAUUUGUGGAGACUUUUCGCCAACUUAGAAGAGUUAAACAAGAUAAGUCUCAGUUUUGUGCAAACUUUUUUUGAAAUUGUGAAGGACCAUGUCAGCAAGUCAGACUCUCCUAUGGAUUUCAUUUCCAUACUCAGAAAGUUUUUCCAGGGUGACCUUUGCCAGACACACCAGAUUUAUUGCCUUAAUUAUACCUCUGCUGUCUUCUAUUUGGAAAACCUGAAACAGAGAGAAGAUUUCAGCAUCUACCUGAAAUGGUGUGAACAAAACGAACAGUGCAAGAGGCUGCAUCUGCCGGAGCUGCUGGUCGCUCCUUUGCAUCGACUGACACACUAUCCCCUCCUCCUUAACAACAUCUGGAAGAGGACCACUGAUGAAACAGAGAAAGGUUUUAUCUGGUCACUUAAAGAGAAGGUGGAAAAGUCCAUAUGGGAUCUGGAAGGUAAAGUCAAGUGGUUGGACAACUUUCAGAAGUUCAGGCAGCUGCAGGAGGUCAUCAUUUGGCUUCAAGUCUGGGAUCGUGACAAGAGAUUCUUUGUCCCAGAGUGUUUGAAGCAAAGCUUAAGAGAAAACAGCAGUGAAAACAUUCUUUCUUCAGCGAACAGACUUCUCCUUCACGAGGGGAGGCUAGCACUAGCAGAAAGCACAAGACUCCUUGAUGUCUACCUCCUCUUAUUCGAUGAUUUCCUAUUAAUUACCAAAAUUAAACGUAACAAAAAGAAAUACGGGGGCUCAGACACAGGCUUAAUCCCUGUCUGUCCUUCCCUCUCUCCUGAGCUGCAGUCCUUCAUAAGAGAGGGCAGGUGCUGCACAGUCCUAGACCAGCCCAUCCCACUUGACAGGCUGAUACUGAAAAACGUUGACUCCGUCCAUGUUCCAGUCUUCAGCCUGCGAAAUGCUUUCAUAAUACAACAUGAAAAUAGGUAUCGUCAGUGCAUAGCAGUCUUCUUGCUACAAGCUCAGACAGAGACUGCCAAGAAAACAUGGAUGUCACAGAUAGAAACAGCGAUCUCCAAUUACACCAUGCAACAUGAAACCAAGAAAAACACUGUUUUCUGCUUGCCAGCUGAAUCCUCUGAAAUUUAG